AUGUCUGACAAACCCUGUAUGCCUGAGAUUGAGAAUUUGGAUAAAUCGAAACUGAAUAAAACAGAAUCGCAAGAGAAAAAUCCACUGCCUUCAAAAGAAAUGACUGAACAGCAGAAACAAGCAGGCGAGUCGUAA